UCGACUUGACAAUACUUGCAUUUUGUCAUUUUCAAAGCGCCAUCCACCAUGAUCUUGUCAAAUAGUUGUCAUACUAUAAAUAUAUAAAUGAAAUGCUUCAUCCGUUGUGAAAUAUUUGCUUUAUUACGGUUAUUGAUACUAUAAAUAUUCAUGGUUCAAUUUUAUAUUAUAUAUUGUGGCUAAUGUGUAAGGAAAAAUAUAAUCAAGUAGGAUCAUAUUUGACUUUUUUAACUCAUAUUUUUAUAAUAUUAACUUUUAUAAUUUUUAGAUAUGAAUAAUUCAAUAUAUAAAUAAUUAAAAUAACACAUUACUUCUACAUUACAUAAAACAUUAAAUUUAUAUAGCAAUAUGUUGCAAGUAAAUAAGAAUGGAGCUAAGUAUACCACUACACCUAGUAAAUAACUAAAUAAGAAUCUAAGGUUGUAUAAUAUUAAACGCAAGAGUAGUAGUAAUUAAUUUGACAGAGAUUACAUAAUUUCGCCGAACACGUACAUACAAACCUAAAAGUGGUUUGAAGCACUAGUAGAAAGUAGAAAAAGGGGAGAACACUUUCUGACAAGGAAAAGCACUACUAAUACCAUUAUAAGCAUUACAUUACAUGUAUUCUUAAAUACUAAGUAUUUCCUCCAUUAUUUUUUACUAUUUGCAUUAUUUUCGUUUUUACACUAUUUAAUAUAAAAAUUUAAUCAAUAAUGUCUCUAAUUAUAUAGAUUAAAAAAUUAUAAAAAUUAAAAAUUAUUUGUUAAAUUUUAAAUUGACAUGAUUUAAACAAAAUUUCAUGUGACUCUGUUUAAAUUUAUAGAUUAUAAAAAGUUAAUUUGCUUGAAAUAUAUAACUGCUCAAGAAUCUAAGGUUGCUUUGUUUGUUGGACAAACAAAAUUGGUAAAAGUGAAAAGAAAGAGAAUUCAGAAACUGAAGUUGAAGGUUCCUUGAUUCUUUGAGGAGACUAAUAAGUGGUUUCGAAUCAAUUUUCUCUACAUUUUUUACACUCAUUGUUCAUCCUUUCUGCUUAUAAAUUGAAUCGAUUUCAUGAAAGAGCAUUACAAUCAGGUGAAAACAAAUUGAACCCCACUACCCACAAAUAAUUUCACAAAGUUUCAAUCAAUUGUCAGUACAGCAUUUGGAACAAAGGAGAGAAGGUGGAGCAUAAUGGAAGGGAGAGGGAUAAAUUUUACCGUGUUUGAGAAAACAAAAAUGAGUGCUUAAAUUUGAAACUUACAGAAUUGAAAAUAAGAUUGCAUUGAUUUGGAAAGAAGAGAGUAGUUGUUUGUUGAAGAUGCAUCAAUUUGUUCAAAAAUAAGUGCUUAAAUAAACAACGAUUUGAUAGACGAUAUAGUAAAUGUGUCAUAUUACUCUUCUUUCCAGUUGAGAUUGCUACAUUUGAAAGCUCUCACAUUGAUAUUUAGAGGAGUGUAUCAAACUAUGUAGUAUGUGUCACAACUCAUCCCACCUCUAGAAAACUAAAAAGUGAAAGCUCAUUCAAAUGGGAGAUCCAAACAAUUGGGUUUCGAAAUCGAUACUAGACAAGCUUAAAUCUUUGCCAGCACUUUCUUCAAAUUGUUGCAUCUACAAAGUCCCGAAAAGUCUUCGCAUGGUGAGUGAAGAUGCUUAUCGGCCUUUGGUGGUCUCUAUUGGCCCUUUCUACUAUGGAGAUCCAAGACUAGUAGCUAUGGAACAACAGAAAUUGAGGUACUUGCAAUCUUUUCUUCAACGAUCUGCUUAUAAAAACUUAGAUUAUUAUGUGCAAGUUGUAAGAGGAUGGGAAGAGGUAGCUCGUCAAUGUUAUGUUGAGCCGAUUAGCCUACCUAGUGAACUUUUCAUUGAAAUGGCGCUCAUUGAUGCAACAUUCAUAAUUGAGCUUCUUUUAAGGGGCCAUUUCCGUGAAUUCAUUGAGGCAAAUGACCAUAUUUUUAAUACACCUAGAAUGAUCUUAGAAGUCACUCGAGAUAUAAGGCUCGAAGAAAACCAAUUACCAUUCUUUAUUCUUAAGGGUCUUUAUGACCUAGCCUUUGACCCCUCCUCUCAAAAUAGGCAACUUCCCUUCCUUGAUAUUACAUAUAGGUUUUUCAUAGGAAGAGACCAAGCUAUCCCUCCCACACUAGCAAUGAUUGAUGUUAAACAUUUGGUUGAUUUCCUUAGAGUAUGUUACUUGCCUUCUACCCUUCGAAUUCCAUCACCCAAUACCAAACAAAAAUUUGAGUUUACUUCAAGUGUUAGUGAGCUCAGUGAAGCGGGAGUCAAAUUCAUGGUGGGAAGAAGUGAGAAUUUGCUCGACAUACAAUUCAACAAAGGGGUUUUGGAGAUUCCAAAGUUUGUGGUGACAGAUGAUACGGAAUCCUUGUUUCGAAACAUCAUGGUAUUUGAGCAAUGCCAUUAUUUCUUUGAUUCAUACAUCAUUGACUACUUUGCAUUCCUUGAUAGCUUGAUUAACACCCCAAAGGAUGUAGCCAUACUCAUCAAAAGUGGGGUGAUAGAGAAUUGGCUAGGGAAUAAUGAAGAAGUGGUUAAUCUGUUCAGCAAGAUCUUCAAGCAAACAAGGUUGAAUAGUUCAAACUUUUACUACUCGGGCACCUGUCAAAAACUCAAUGCUUAUGCUAGUAUUCGUUGGAAUCAAUGGAAAGCCAUACUUAAGCAUAACUACUUCAACCAUCCUUGGGCUGUUAUUGGGGUAGUGUAUGCGAUUGUGAUGUUAAUUCUCACUGCCAUACAAGUUGUUACUGGCUUCAAAUAAGUAAAUAGUGAGUCGUAUAAAGAGUUUGGACUAAGUUCUUAGGAUGUGCUCUUAUUGUAAAACAUUGACCUUGUUGGAAGCCCUGAUAUUCGAUAAAUAUAGAUAUCUUCAAUUUGAGUGGAUCGUAAUAGGAGUAUUAUUUAUCUUAAAACUAAUUUCUAUGAUUUUUGGGGUUUUUCGGGCAAUAUGUCUUCACAAUCAUGCUUUGAUCAUCAAUUCGCAGGCAGUGAGUCCGUAGCAGUGUUGAAGAAAUAGGAUUCUCCAAGAUCUUUUCAGUAGUUAAACAUUCAGCUGAUGCAUGAGUUGAUCAUGAAUUCGUGAAUAUUCAACUGAUAUAGCUUACUAGCUCCGUUACUGCUACGAAUUUGGGUCGGUACUCGAGCCUUGCAAAAAACGAAAACUUAUUCCAAUGGGCCGAAUCCGUUGGAUAUAUUUGAAACAGUAAUAGAAGCUAGGUCAAUUUGUGGAAACUCAUCCUGUAUCUGCUCAUCAUUAGAAGCUGCUAUUUAUCGAUCUGAGUUUGGAACAUUGGAUCACUGAAUUGAAUAUACAAUCUCUGAGAAAUGCAACAUUGACCUUUAGGGGAGAUGACUCUACAAAGGCUUAUAAUUUGAUUGUUUGUGAACGUGAAAUAUAAUUAAAUAAAUUUGUUAAGUCUUAUGUACUUUUGUACUAUAAUAGAAUAUGAUGUUUUUUUUUAUUAAAGAUCAAUUAAAUUUAAUUUCUUUGUUUCUACAUAUGAAUAUAUAGACUGCUUGCAACUCUGCUUAAGUUGAAUUUUGAGUGAGAGCUACUUCAUGAAAUAUUAUUAUUAUUAUUAAGAUAAAAACUAUUAUAAGAAUAUUAUUAUUAUUACAAAAGAUUGAGAUAGGAAAACUUGGUGGAGCUCCAAAAAAAUAUUACAAGCAUGCCUUAAUUUAAAAUUUUGCAAUCAUCAAUCAUACUAUCAUCGUGUGUAUAAUGUUAAAAAUAGAAAGACGUUUCGUUAACUCGUUCUCAACCCCCUUCAUUAUCUCAUAACACACGAUCUAUAUCCUUGUUGACAUCUUCUUUAUUUGUCUCAUAAUAAUUAUUAUUCUCCACUAUAUAAGAAAAACCUUCUUCGUGCAUGUUCAAUGGAACAAAUUUCCUUCAUAGACUCCCUCCUCACCAUGUCAAACUCAAUUAUAAUAUUGUGCCUAAAUCACACAGAAGUAUGUGCUCCCUAAGGAUGUCAACACUAUUCACCUUUAAUACAUUGUCACACUUGACAUAUGGGCAAUAAAAACCAACUUCCUCCAUCCUAACUUGAUGUUCGACAACAAUAUUACAAAAUUGCAAUAGCCCAUCCACAAAUUCUAACGAUUCAAUGCUACCAUA